GUCGCUUCUAUCCACCGUUGAGGACAAAAUAUUAUUAUUCCCUAAAUUAUAGGACAAUAUCUGUGAAAGUAUUAAGUAACGGAGUGCAAUAAUUUAAGUAACUAGCUUCUAAAUUAACGAACUUGAAAUUUACUUAAUUCAACUAUUGUAUUCCCUUGUUUUCAAAGUAAAAUGUUGAGCCUAAAACUUUAUCGUCGACUCAAUAAGCCUUUACUGACUGCUCCAAUGAUGGCACGUUUCACUGGAAGUGCUGCAGCUGUUCAGACUGGAAAAAAUUAUGCUAGUCAUUGGAGAACAGAACGUAUUGUUUCUAUAGCACUUAUGGGAUUGUUUCCUGCCUCAGUAUUAUAUCCAUCACAAAUAGUUGAUACUUUAUUAGCAGGAAGCAUUAGUCUCCAUGUUUACUGGGGACUUGAAGCAUUGGUAGUUGACUAUUUACGUGUACCAGUUGUAGGACAGCUGGCUAACAAAGCUGGACAUGCGGCUAUUGCUCUUCUUGCCAUCGUCACCUUGGCUGGAUUUAUGAAAGUCAUUUUUGUUGGUGAUGGACUUGGAAAUGCCAUUGUUACACUUUGGAAAUUGUAAUAUUACUUAAUGUGUUUUAAAUGUAAUAGUGUAACAUGUAAAUAUUUUGUUGAAUAAAAUAAUAAUUUUAUCUAAUUAUUUGUAGUAUAGAGAUUAAAAUCAAGUUCAGUUAUAGUUACAAGCAAUAAAUAAAUUAUCACUUACAAUAAUA